AUGGCCCCAAGUGUCGCGAUUGUUGGCGGCGGGCCGUCAGGCCUUGCCUUGGCGGCGAUGCUCGAGAAACAGGGCAUUGACUACGUUGUCUACGAGCGCGACGCCAAAGGCAACCCCCCUGCAGGUGGAUGUCUCGACUUGCACCGAGGCAGCGGGCAGCGCGCUAUGAAGGAAGCUGGCUGUUUUGACGAGAUGAGGAAGCGUGGUCGACUUGGCGACGCAACCGUGGCCAAGGUAUACGACCAUCAAUUCAACUUCUUCUUCUCGUGGGGAGAAGGGCGCGACGCUCCGGAGCUGGACCGGGUUGAUAUCCGAGGCUCGUUGUUGACGGUGGUGCCGGAGGAGAAGAUUCGUUGGGCGAAACGUGUUCAGCGAGCUCAUAGGGAUCAAGAUGGGCAGAUUGUGCUCACCUUCGAUGAUGGCUCGACUGUCUCGGGAUUUAGACUGGUCAUUGGCGCAGAUGGAAGCUGGAGUAGGCUACGGCAACUGGUCACUCCGAUUAAACCAGCCUAUUCAGGUCAGCUGUUCCUCACGGGCAAAAUCGGCCCACCCAACCCACACUAUCCCACGAUCGAGAAACUCGCCGGUCACGGCCCCAUGGUUGUCCAGGGUCGUUCCACGGCCAUUUGGUGCCAAAGGCAAGGAAACGGCGAAUACCGGAUCGACUUGGGCUUGAACGGCGCAGCGGACCUCGACAAAGACGGGACCGUCGACGUCACCGACGACGAUGCUGUCAAAACCCUCAUGCUCGACCCGCACUUUUUCGGAGGUCACGCGGCCGAGAUCCAAGACAUGAUCCGCGCCAUGGAAGGCCCGUUCAAGGCCUGGCCCAUGUGGUAUUUUCCACCCGAGCACUUGAAUUGGAGCACCGCAAAGGGUGUCACGCUCAUCGGAGACGCGGCCCAUCCGACGUCACCCUGGGCGGGAGACGGGGUGAACUGUGCGCUCCGCGACACCAUCAUCCUCGCGGCAAAAAUCAAAGAGUUUGGCGUGACGCAGAAAGCGUUGGAGGAGUAUGAGAAAGAAAUGUUUCCAUUGGCGAUCUCUCUGAUCGAGAGGAGUGUUGCGAGCGGGAAGUUGUUCUUUCACUGGAACAGCCCCAAGGCAUUCUUGGAUGCUAUUACAAAGAAGCCACUAUUCGGGGAUACGGAUGACUUCUAG